CAGCUGCUGGAGGAGAACAUCGUCACUUUUAUGAAGAACGAGCUGAAGAGAGUCCAGAGGGGUCUUAGUCCAGAUUAUCCAGAAUGCUUAGAGAGUCAGAGUGAGGAUGAGGAGGUGUUGGACAUUGAGGAGAAAGAGCAGAGGAGGAGCAGCAGAGACGCAUUUCUGAAGAUCACAGUGCACUUCCUGAGGAGAAUGAAGCAGGAGGAGCUGGCUGAGCGUAAGUGUCGACGUAAACUCAAGUCUAACCUGGAGAAGAAGUUCCAGUGUCUGUUUGAGGGGAUCGCUAAAGCAGGAAACCCAACCCUUCUGAAUCAGAUCUACACACCGCUCUACAUCACAGAGGGAGGGACUGCAGAGGUCAAUGAUGAACAUGAGGUCAGACAGAUUGAAACAGCAUCCAGGAAACCAGACAGACCAGAAACAACAAUCAGACAAGAAGACAUCUUUAAAGCCUCACCUGGAAGAGAUGAACCAAUCAGAACAGUGAUGACAAAGGGAGUGGCUGGCAUUGGGAAAACAGUCUUAACACAGAAGUUCACUCUGGACUGGGCUGAAGACAAAGCCAACCAGGACAUACACUUCACAUUUCCAUUCACUUUCAGAGAGCUGAAUGUGCUGAAAGGGAAAAGGUACAGCUUGGUGGAACUUGUUCAUCACUUCUUUACUGAAACCAAAGAAGCAGGAAUCUGCAGGUUUGAAGAGUUCCAGGUUGUGUUCAUCUUUGACGGUCUGGAUGAGUGUCGACUUCCUCUGGACUUCCACAACACUGAGAUCCUGACUGAUGUUACAGAGUCCACCUCAGUGGAUGUGCUGCUGACAAACCUCAUCAGGGGGAAACUGCUUCCCUCUGCUCGCCUCUGGAUAACCACACGACCUGCAGCAGCCAAUCAGAUCCCUCCUGAGUGUGUCGGCAUGUUGACAGAGGUCAGAGGGUUCACUGACCCACAGAAGGAGGAGUACUUCAGGAAGAGAUUCAGAGAUGAGGAGCAGGCCAGCACCAUCAUCUCCCACAUCAAGACAUCACGAAGCCUCCACAUCAUGUGCCACAUCCCAGUGUUCUGCUGGAUCACUGCUACAGUUCUGGAGGAUGUGUUGAAAAGCAGAGAGGGAGGAGAGCUGCCCAAAAACUCUGCUGACUGAAGUUCAGAUGUGUUGAAAAGCAGAGAGAGAGGAGAGCUGCCCAAGACCCUGACUGAGAUGUACAUCCACUUCCUGGUGCUUCAUUUCAAACUGAAGAACGUCAAGUAUGAUGGAGGAGCUGAGACAGAUCCACACUGGAGUCCAGAGAGCAGGAAGAUGAUUGAGUCUCUGGGAAAACUGGCUUUUGAGCAGCUGCAGAAAGGCAACCUGAUCUUCUAUGAAUCAGACCUGACAGAGUGUGGUAUCGAUAUCAGAGCAGCCUCAGUGUACUCAGGAGUGUUCACACAGGUCUUUAAAGAGGAGAGAGGGCUGUACCAGGACAAGGUGUUCUGCUUCGUCCAUCUGAGUGUUCAGGAGUUUCUGGCUGCUCUUCAUGUCCAUCUGACAUUCAUCAAGUCUGGAGUCAAUCUGCUGACAGAAGAACAAACAACAUACAGGUGGCCUGAAGUGUUCAGAGACAAAUCAACCCAUUUCUACCAGAGUGCUGUGGACGAGGCCUUAAAGAGUCCAAAUGGACACCUGGACUUGUCCCUCCGCUUCCUCCUGGGUCUUUCACUGCAGACCAAUCAGACUCUCCUACGAGGUCUGCUGACACAGACAGGAAGUAGCUCUCAGACCAAUCAUAAAACAGCGGAGUACAUCAAAAAGAAGAUCAGUGAGAAUGUGUCUGCAGAGAGAAGCAUCAAUCUGUUCCACUGUCUGAAUGAACUGAAUGAUCGUUCUCUAGUGGAGGAGAUCCAACAGUACCUGAGAUCAGGAAGUCUCUCCACAGAUAAACUGUCUCCUGCUCAGUGGUCAGCUCUGGUCUUCAUCUUACUGUCAUCAGAAAAAGAUCUGGACGUGUUUGACCUGAAGAAAUACUCUGCUUCAGAGGAGGCUCUUCUGAGGCUGCUGCCAGUGGUCAAAGCCUCCAACAAAGCUCUGCUGGAUGGCUGUAACCUCUCAGAGAGAAGCUGUGCAGCUCUGUCCUCAGUUCUCAGCUCCCAGUCCUCUCAUCUCACAGAGCUGGACCUGACUAACAACAAUCUGCAGGAUUCAGGAGUUAAGCAACUGUCUGUUGGACUCGAGAAUCUACAUUGCACACUGAAAACUCUCAGUCUGUCAGGAUGUCUGAUCACAGAGGAAGGCUGUGCUUCUCUGGCCUCAGCCCUGAGCUACAACCCCUCCCAUCUGAGAGAGCUGGACCUGAGAUACAAUCAUCCAGGAGACUCAGGAGAGAAGCUUCUGUCUGCUGGACUGGAGGAUCCACACUGGAGAAUGGACGUUCCCAGUGAUCAGUCUGCACAGCAUCAUCAAACACAGCUGGACUCCAUAUUUAUGCUGCUGGAGGAAAACAUUGUCACUUUUAUGAAGAACGAGCUGAAGAGAGUCCAGAGGGGUCUGAGUCCAGAUUACCCAGAAUGCUUAGAGAGUCAGAGUGAGGAUGAGGAGGUUUUGGACGAUGAGGAGGAAGAGCAAAGGAGGAGCAGCAGAGAGGCAUUUCUGAAGAUCACAGUGCACUUCCUGAGGAGAAUAAAGCAGGAGGAGCUGGCUGAGCGUCUGCAAAUCAGAACUCGUGCUGCAAAGUGUCGACGUAAACUCAAGUCUAACCUGCAGAAGAAGUUCCAGUGUCUCUUUGAGGGGAUCGCUAAAGCAGGAAACCCAACCCUUCUGAAUCAAAUCUACACACCGCUCUACGUCACAGAGGGAGGGACUGCAGAGGUCAAUGAUGAACAUGAGAUCAGACAGAUUGAAACAGCAUCCAGGAAACCAGACAGACCAGAAACAACAAUCAGACAAGAAGACAUCUUUAAAGCCUCACCUGGAAGAGAUGAACCAAUCAGAACAGUGAUGACAAAGGGAGUGGCUGGCAUUGGGAAAACAGUCUUAACACAGAAGUUCACUCUGGACUGGGCUGAAGAGAAAGCCAACCAGGACAUACACUUCACGUUUCCAUUCACUUUCAGAGACCUGAAUGUGCUGAAAGAGAAAAAGUACAGCUUGGUGGAACUUGUUCAUCACUUCUUUACUGAAACCAAAGAAGCAGGAAUCUGCAGAUUUGAAGAGUUCCAGGUUGUGUUCAUCUUUGACGGUCUGGAUGAGUGUCGACUUCCUCUGGACUUCCACAACACUGAGAUCCUGACUGAUGUUACAGAGUCCACAUCAGUGGAUGUGCUGCUGACAAACCUCAUCAGGGGGAAACUGCUUCCCUCUGCUCGCCUCUGGAUAACCACACGACCUGCAGCAGCCAAUCAGAUCCCUCCUGAGUGUGUCGGCAUGGUGACAGAGAUCAGAGGGUUCACUGACCCACAGAAGGAGGAGUACUUCAUGAAGAGAUUCAGAGAUGAGGAUCAGGCCAGCACCAUCAUCUCCCACAUCAAGACAUCACGAAGCCUCCACAUCAUGUGCCACAUCCCAGUCUUCUGCUGGAUCACUGCUACAGUUCUGGAGGAUGUGUUGAAAAGCAGAGAUGGAGGAGAGCUGCCCAAGUCUCUGACUGAGAUGUACAUCCACUUCCUGGUGCUUCAGUCCAAACUGAAAAAUGUCAAGUAUGAUGGAGGAGCUGAGACAGAUCCACACUGGAGUCCAGAGAGCAGGAAGAUGAUUGAGUCUCUGGGAAAAGUGGCUUUUGUGCAGCUGCAGAAAGGCAACCUGAUCUUCUAUGAAUCAGACCUGACAGAGUGUGGCAUCGAUAUCAGAGCAGCCUCAGUGUGCUCAGGAGUGUUCACACAGGUCUUUAAAGAGGAGAGAGGGCUGUACCAGGACAAGGUGUUCUGCUUCGUCCAUCUGAGUGUUCAGGAGUUUCUGGCUGCUCUUCAUGUCCAUCUGACAUUCAUCAAGUCUGGAGUCAAUCUGCUGGCAGAAAAACAAACAACAUCAUGGUGGUCUGAAGCGUUCGGAGACAAAUCAACAUGUUUCUACCAGAGUGCUGUGGACGAGGCCUUAAAGAGUCCAAAUGGACACCUGGACUUAUUCCUCCGCUUCCUCCUGGGUCUUUCACUGCAGACCAAUCAGACUCUCCUACGAGGUCUGCUGACACAGACAGGAAGCAGCUCACAGACCAAUCAGAAAACAGUCAAAUACAUCAAGAAGAAGAUCAGUGAGAAUGUGUCUGCAGAGAAAAGCAUCAAUCUGUUCCACUGUCUGAAUGAACUGAAUGAUCGUUCUCUAGUGGAGGAGAUCCAACAGUCCCUGAGAUCAGGAAGUCUCUCCACAGAUAAACUGUCUCCUGCUCAGUGGUCAGCUCUGGUCUUCAUCUUACUGUCAUCAGAAAAUGAUCUGGAUGUGUUUGACCUGAAGAAAUACUCUGCUUCAGAGGAGGCUCUUCUGAGGCUGCUGCCAGUGGUCAAAGCCUCCAACAAAGCUCUGCUGAGUGUCUGUAACCUCUCAAGGAGAAGCUGUGCAGCUCUGUCCUCAGUUCUCAGCUCCCAGUCUUCUAGUCUGAGAGAUCUGGACCUGAGUAACAACGAUCUGCAGGAUUCAGGAUUGAAGCAGUUUUCUGCUGGACUGGAGAGUCCACACUGCAGACUGGAAACUCUCAGUCUGUCAGGAUGUCUGAUCACAGAGGAAGGCUGUGCUUCUCUGGCCUCAGCUCUGAGCUGCAACCCCUCCCAUCUGAGAGAGCUGGACCUGAGAUACAAUCAUCCAGGAGACUCAGGAGAGAAGCUUCUGUCUGCUGGACUGAAGGAUCCACACUGGAGACUGGACACUCUCAGGUAUGGACAGACAGGUGGACACUCUCAGGUAUGGACAGACAGGUGGACACUCUCAGGUAUGGACAGACAGGUGGACACUCUCAGGGAGGAAGGCUGUGCUUCUCUGGCCUCAGCCCUGAGCUCCAACCCCUCCCAUCUGAGAGAGUUGGACCUGAGCUACAAUCACCCAGGAGACUCAGGAGAGAAGCUUCUCUCAGAGAGAAGCUGUGCAGCUCUGUCCUCAGCUCUCAGCUCCCAGUCCUCUAGUCUGAGAGAUCUGGACCUGAGUAACAACAACCUGCAGGAUUCAGGAGUGAAGCAGCUUUCUGCUGGACUGGAGAGUUCACACUGCAGACUGGAAACUCUCAGUCUGUCAGGAUGUCUGAUCACAGAGGAAGGCUGUGCUUCUCUGGCCUCAGCUCUGAGCCACAACCCCUCCCAUCUGAGAGAGCUGGACCUGAGCUACAAUCAUCCAGGAGACUCAGGAGAGAAGCUUCUGACUGCUGGACUGAAGGAUCCACACUGGAGACUGGACACUCUCAGGAUGGACCAUGGUGGACCGCAGAGACUAAAACCUGGUCUGAGAAAAGGCUGCAGAGUCCUCAGAUGGACCUGCUCAGUGGGUCUGAUGGGAAGAGCUGCUGCUUCUCUGUUUCCUACACAGUGUGAGGACAGAGAGGAGGAAGUCUCUCCCUUUAAAAGCUCUCUGUGUGGGGAACAUGACAGCCAGACCAAAGCUCAGAGGAUGCAGCAGCAGAGAGCAGACUCUCCUGAACCCAGCUGUGUGUCCAUGAAGAGUGACCGGUCUAUGGGUCAUCCUUUUACAUUUAAAGAUGCACAACCUGCUGAUGGAAGGAUGCAGCAGCAGAGAGCAGACUCUCCUGAACCCAGCUGUGAUGGACAACCUGCUGAUGGAAAAGUUCAGCAGCAGAGCUCAGAGGUUCCCAGUGAUCAGUCUGCACAGCAGCAUCAAACACAGCUGGACUCCAUAUUUAUGCUGCUGGAGGAGAACAUCGUCACUUUUGUGAAGAACGAGCUGAAGAGAGUCCAGAGGGGUCUGAGUCAAGAUUACCUAGAAUGCUUAGAGAGUCAGAGUGAGGAUGAGGAGGUGUUGGACGGUGAGGAGGAAGAGCAGAGGAGGAGCAGCAGAGAGGCAUUUCUGAAGAUCACAGUGCACUUCCUGAGGAGAAUGAAGCAGGAGGAGCUGGCUGAGCGUCUGCAGAGCAGAACGCGUGCUGCCAAGUGUCGACGUAAACUCAAGUCUAACCUGGAGAAGAAGUUCCAGUGUCUGUUUGAGGGGGUCGCUAAAGCAGGAAAUCCAACCCUUCUGAAUCAGAUCUACACACCGCUCUACAUCACAGAGGGAGGGACUGCAGAGGUCAAUGAUGAACAUGAGGUCAGACAGAUUGAAACAGCAUCCAGGAAACCAGACAGACCAGAAACAACAAUCAGACAAGAAGACAUCUUUAAAGCCGCACCUGGAAGAGAUGAACCAAUCAGAACAGUGAUGACAAAGGGAGUGGCUGGCAUUGGGAAAACAGUCUUAACACAGAAGUUCACUCUGGACUGGGCUGAAGACAAAGCCAACCAGGACAUACACUUCACAUUUCCAUUCACUUUCAGAGAGCUGAAUGUGCUGAAAGAGAAAAAGUACAGCUUGGUGGAACUUGUUCAUCACUUCUUUACUGAAACCAAAGAAGCAGGAAUCUGCAGGUUUGAAGAGUUCCAGGUUGUGUUCAUCUUUGAUGGUCUGGAUGAGUGUCGACUUCCUCUGGACCUGCACAACACUGAGAUCCUGACUGAUGUUACAGAGUCCACGUCAGUGGAUGUGCUGCUGACAAACCUCAUCAGGGGGAAACUGCUUCCCUCUGCUCGCCUCUGGAUAACCACACGACCUGCAGCAGCCAAUCAGAUCCCUCCUGAGUGUGUUGGCAUGGUGACAGAGGUCAGAGGGUUCACUGACCCACAGAAGGAGGAGUACUUCAGGAAGAGAUUCAGAGAUGAGGAGCAGGCCAGCACCAUCAUCUCCCACAUCAAAACAUCACGAAGCCUCCACAUCAUGUGCCACAUCCCAGUCUUCUGCUGGAUCACUGCUUCAGUUCUGAAGGAUGUGUUGAAAAGCAGAGAGAGAGGACAGAGAGGAGAGCUGCCCAAGACCCUGACUGAGAUGUACAUCCACUUCCUGGUGGUUCAGUCCAAACUGAAGAACGUCAAGUAUCAUGGAGGAGAUGAGACGGAUCCACACUGGAGUCCAGAGAGCAGGAAGAUGAUUGAGUCUCUGGGAAAACUGGCUUUUGAGCAGCUGCAGAAAGGCAACCUGAUCUUCUAUGAAUCAGACCUGACAGAUUGUGGCAUCGAUAUCAGAGCAGCCUCAGUGUACUCAGGAGUGUUCACACAGGUCUUUAAAGAGGAGAGAGGGCUGUACCAGGACAAGGUAUUCUGCUUCGUCCAUCUGAGCCUUCAGGAGUUUCUGGCUGCUCUUCAUGUCCAUCUGACAUUCAUCAAGUCUGGAGUCAAUCUGCUGGCAGAAGAACAAACAACAUCCUGGUGGUCUAAGGUAUUUAAAGACAAACCUGAACCAACAUAUUUCUACCAGAGUGCUGUGGACGAGGCCUUAAAGAGUCCAAAUGGACACCUGGACUUGUUCCUCCGCUUCCUCCUGGGUCUUUCACUGCAGACCAAUCAGACUCUCCUACGAGGUCUGCUGACACAGACAGGAAAUCGCUCACAGACCAAUCAGGAAACAGUCAAGUUCAUCAAGAAGAAGAUCAGUGAGAAUGUGUCUGCACAGAGAAGCAUCAAUCUGUUCCACUGUCUGAAUGAACUGAAUGAUCGUUCUCUAGUGGAGGAGAUCCAACAGUCCCUGAGAUCAGGAAGUCUCUCCACAGAUAAACUGUCUCCUGCUCAGUGGUCAGCUCUGGUCUUCAUCUUACUGUCAUCAGAUAAAGAUCUGGACGUGUUUGACCUGAAGAAAUACUCUGCUUCAGAGGAGGCUCUUCUGAGGCUGCUGCCACUGGUCAAAGCCUCCAACAGAGCUCUAGGUGCACACAUAACUAUCCAGAUUAAUGUAGUUUAAUCUUUGCUCAGUGAAGAAAACUAAUGUUUGCAAUUUUCUUCUUUGUUCUGCUUAUUCUUCAUCAGGCUGGGUGGCUGUAACCUCUCAGAGAGAAGCUGUGCAGCUCUGUCCUCAGUUCUCAGCUCCCAGUCCUCCAGUCUGAGAGAUCUGGACCUGAAUAACAACAACCUGCAGGAUUCAGGAGUGGAGCAGCUUUCUGCUGGACUGGAGAGUCCACACUGCAGACUGAAAACUCUCAAUCUGUCAGGAUGUCUGAUCACAGAGGAAGGCUGUGCUUCUCUGGCCUCAGCUCUGAGCGCCAACCCCUCCCAUCUGAGAGAGCUGGACCUGAGAUACAAUCAUCCAGGAGACUCAGGAGAGAAGAUCCUGUCUGCUGGACUGGAGGAUCCACACUGGAGACUGGACACUCUCAGGAUGGACCAUGGUGGGCCGCAGAGACUGAAACCUGGUGUGAGGAAGUAUGUCUGUGAACUGGAACUGGAUCCAAACACAAUGAACAAAAAACUCAAACUGUCUGAUAACAACAGGAAGGUGACAUGUGUGAAGGAGGAUCAGUCAUAUCCUGAUCAUCCAGACAGAUUUGACUACUGGCCUCAGCUGCUGUGUAGAAAUGUUCUGACUGGUCGCUGUUACUGGGAGGUCGAGUGGAGAGGAAGAGUUGAUAUAUCAGUGAGUUACAGAGAAAUCAGCAGGAAAGGAACCAGUGAUGACUGUAUGUUUGGAAGAAAUGAUCAGUCCUGGAGACUGGACUGCUCUGAUAAUGGCCAUUACUCUGUUUGGUACAAUAAGAGACAAACAUCCUCCUCCUCCUCCUCCUCCUCCUCUGUCUCUAACAGAGUAGCAGUGUAUGUGGACUGUCCUGCUGGCACUCUGUCCUUCUACAGAGUCUCCUCUGACACACUGAUCCACCUCCACACCUUCAACACCACAUUCACUGAACCACUGUAUGCUGGGUUUGCAGCCUGGUCUGGUUCCUCAGUGUCUGUGAGCUCAGAGGUUCCCAGUGAUCAGUCUGCACAGCAGCAUCAAACACAGCUGGACUCCAUAUUUAUGCUGCUGGAGGAGAACAUCCUCACUUUUGUGAAGAACGAGCUGAAGAGAGUCCAGAGGGGUCUGAGUCCAGAUGACCCAGAAUGCUUAGAGAGUCAGAGUGAGGAUGAGGAGGUGUUGGACGGUGAGGAGGAAGAGCAGAGGAGGAGCAGCAGAGAGGCAUUUCUGAAGAUCACACUGCACUUCCUGAGGAGAAUGAAGCAGGAGGAGCUGGCUGAGCGUCUGCAGAGCAGAGCUUGUGCUGCAAAGUGUCGACGUAAACUCAAGUCUAACCUGGAGAAGAAGUUCCAGUGUCUGUUUGAGGGGAUCGCUAAAGCAGGAAACCCAACCCUUCUGAAUCAGAUCUACACACCGCUUUACAUCACAGAGGGAGGGACUGCAGAGGUCAAUGAUGAACAUGAGGUCAGACAGAUUGAAACAGCAUCCAGGAAACCAGUCAGACCAGAAACAACAAUCAGACAUGAAGACAUCUUUAAAGCCUCACCUGGAAGAGAUGAACCAAUCAGAACAGUGAUGACAAAGGGAGUGGCUGGCAUUGGGAAAACAGUCUUAACACAGAAGUUCACUCUGGACUGGGCUGAAGACAAAGCCAACCAGGACAUACACUUCACAUUUCCAUUCACUUUCAGAGAGCUGAAUGUGGUGAAAGAGAAAAAGUACAGCUUGAUGGAACUUGUUCAUCACUUCUUUACUGAAACCAAAGAAGCAGGAAUCUGCAGGUUUGAAGAGUUCCAGGUUGUGUUCAUCUUUGAUGGUCUGGAUGAGUGUCGACUUCCUCUGGACUUCCACAACAAUGAGAUCCUGACCGAUGUUACAGAGUCCACCUCAGUGGAUGUGCUGCUGACAAACCUCAUCAGGGGGAAACUGCUUCCCUCUGCUCGCCUCUGGAUAACCACACGACCUGCAGCAGCCAAUCAGAUCCCUCCUGAGUGUGUCGGCAUGGUGACAGAGGUCAGAGGGUUCACUGAUGCACAGAAGGAGGAGUACUUCAGGAAGAGAUUCAGAGAUAAGGAGCAGGCCAGCACCAUCGUCUCCCACAUCAAGACAUCACGAAGCCUCCACAUCAUGUGCCACAUCCCAGUCUUCUGCUGGAUCACUGCUACAGUUCUGGAGGAUGUGUUGAAAAGCAGAAAGAGAGGAGAGCUGCCCAAGUCCCUGACUGAGAUGUACAUCCACUUCCUGGUGAUUCAAUCCAAACUGAAGAACAUCAAAUAUGAUGGAAGAGCUCAGACAGAUCCACACUGGAGUCCAGAGAGCAGGAAGAUGAUUGAGUCUCUGGGAAAACUGGCUUUUGAGCAGCUGCAGAAAGGCAACCUGAUCUUCUAUGAAUCAGACCUGACAGAGUGUGGCAUCGAUAUCAGAGCAGCCUCAGUGUACUCAGGAGUGUUCACACAGGUCUUUAAAGAGGAGAGAGGGCUGUACCAGGACAUGGUGUUCUGCUUCGUCCAUCUGAGUGUUCAGGAGUUUCUGGCUGCUCUUCAUGUUCAUCUGACAUUCAUCAAGUCUGGAGUUAAUCUACUGACAGAAAAUCCAAGAACAUCCAGGUGGUCUCAAGUGUGUAAAGACAAACCUGAAUCAACACGUUUCUACCAGAGUGCUGUGGACGAGGCCUUAAAGAGUCCAAAUGGACACCUGGACUUGUUCCUCCGCUUCCUCCUGGGUCUUUCACGGCAGACCAAUCAGACUCUCCUACGAGGUCUGCUGACACAGACAGGAAGUAACUCAAAGACGAAUCACAGUACAGUCGAGUACAUCAAGAAGAAGAUCAGUGAGAAUGUGUCUGCAGAGAGAAGCAUCAAUCUGUUCCACUGUCUGAAUGAACUGAAUGAUCGUUCUCUAGUGGAGGAGAUCCAACAGUACCUGAGAUCAGGAAGUCUCUCCACAGAUAAACUGUCUCCUGCUCAGUGGUCAGCUCUGGUCUUCAUCUUACUGUCAUCAGAAAAAGAUCUGGACGUGUUUGACCUGAAGAAAUACUCUGCUUCAGAGGAGGCUCUUCUGAGGCUGCUGCCAGUGGUCAAAGCCUCCAACAAAGCUCUGCUGCAUGGCUGUAACCUCACAGAGGCAAGCUGCGCAGCUCUGUCCUCAGUUCUCAGCUCCCAGUCCUCCAGUCUGAGAGAUCUGGACCUGAGUAACAACAACCUGCAGGAUUCAGGAGUGAAGCAACUGUCUGCUGGAUUGGAGAAUCUACAUUGCACACUGGAAACUCUCAGUCUGUCAGGAUGUGUGAUCACAGAGGAAGGCUGUGCUUCUCUGGCCUCAGCUCUGAGCGCCAACCCCUCCCAUCUGAGAGAGCUGGACCUGAGCUACAAUCAUCCAGGAGACUCAGGAGAGAAGCUUCUGUCUACUGGACUGAAGGAUCCACACUGGAGACUGGACACUCUCAGGAUGGACCAUGGUGGACCGCAGAGACUGAAACGUGGUCUGAGGAAGUAUGCCUGUGAAUUGGAACUGGAUCCAAACACAAUGAACAGACACCUCAAACUGUCUGACAACAACAGGAAGGUGACAUAUGUGAAGAAGUAUCAUUCAUAUCCUGAUCAUCCAGACAGAUUUGACUGCUGGCCUCAGCUGCUGUGUAGAAAUGUUCUGACAGGUCGCUGUUACUGGGAGGUUGAGUGGAGAGGACAUGUUUCUAUAUCAGUGAGUUACAGAGGAAUCAGCAGGAAAGGAUACAGUGAUGACUGUUGGUUUGGAGGGAACGAUCAGUCCUGGAGUCUGAGCUGCUCUGAGGAUGGUUGUGGUUACUCUGUCUGUCACAAUAACAGAGAAAUAUUCAUCUCCUCCUCCUCCUCCUCUGUCUCUAACAGAGUAGCAGUGUAUGUGGACUGUCCUGCUGGCACUCUGUCCUUCUACAGAGUCUCCUCUGACACGCUGAUCCACCUCCACACCUUCAACACCACAUUCACUGAACCUCUGUAUGCUGGAUUUGCAGUAUGGUCUGGUUCAGUGUCUCUGUGUCCUCUGUAG